AUGGACAAAAUCCCAUAUGCAUCAGCAGUGGGAAGUCUCAUGUAUGCACAAGUUUGUACGCCUCCAGAUAUAGCGUGCAUAGUGGGAAUGUUGGGCAGAUGUUUAAAUAAUCCCAGAAUGGAUCAUUGGAAAGUAGUGAAACGGGUUAUGAGGUAUCUUCAAAGAACUAAAGAUUACAUGCUCACUUAUCGGAAGUCAGAUCACUUGGAGAUGGUAGCGUAUUCCGGUUCAGAUUUUGUUGGAUGUCUUGAUAGUAGGAGAUCUACAUCAGGUUAUGUUUUCAUGUUGGUUGGAGGAGCUAUUUCUUGGAAGAGUGUCAAACAAGCACUAAUAGCUUCUUCUACUAUGGAAGCUGAAUUUAUAGCAUGCUAUAAAGCAUCAAAUCAAGGAAUAUGGCUAUAG